AUGGCAAAGGUGGAUGGGAAUCAAGGGGUUUGGGAAGAGCUGGGCAGUUCAGCUUCCCAGCCUACUCCUGGGCCCAUUUACUCAGAAGUAAGCCCCUCACCUGCCCAGUCUUCAAGUUCCAGUAAGAUCACCUCUGCUCUCCCACUGCCCUCGGCCCACCAGCAACCCAGGGGGGCCAAGCAGCAAUGUGAUCUUUGCUUCCCCCAGGCCAGCACCCUUGGCGGGGGCCAAAUUAACAAAGCCUUAAGGACACCCCUGGGCAGGGAGCAGGUCGUCCGGGACUUGCAAGAAGAUGGUCUCCCAUCUUGAAGAAUUAUGCAGCUUUGUAGAAGUGUUCCAAAUUAUGCCUGUGUGGACAAAGUGGUCAGGGCUGGGGGGGGGGGGGGCUUUGGCCUAGAACAGCAGGGUUCCUCUAUUCCUCCUUGGACACCUUCUGUUUUCAACACUGUGGUGAUUCCACCUCCAUUGUGACGCAGUUGCUCUUCUCUUGAGCACAUGAUUCUGAUGGUCUUCUGUUCUUUGGACACCUUCCAUUUUCAACAAUGUGGGGAUUCUACCUCCAUUGUGAUACCAGAGUUCUUCUCUUUGGUGUCUUUUUUGCCUUUAAGCUUUUCAGGAGGGUUCAUCAUCCAACAGGCCAAAGUCUCGCAUGACUGACACUCUGAUGGGGCAAAAAUGUCCAAGACAUUUCUACAAAGUGGCCCAGAAUUGAGCUUGCCAUUCAUGGCGAUUGCUCUGCUCUUUGCUCAGGAUUGCUGAUGGUGAUGGUUCCUCAGGGCUAGCAGGGCCCAUAUUAACAGAAACCUCCGUUCUCCGUACGUGUCCCCACUGCCAGCACCACCAGCACCCAUUGCUUGGAGGAAAGGUGAGGAAAGACCCACUCCUUCAGCCCCUGCCACCCUCUCAGCCUCAGAGUCUCUCCCAGCUGCUUGGUGGCUGCCCACCCCUGUCCCAGCUUCAGAAAUGGUACAAACAGAAACGCAUUGAAGCAGAGCUCCUUUGCACCUCAGCACAGGGCAGGAUAGGUAUAUUCUUACUUAUCUUCAGACCACAAUCUCAUUGUUAGUCCUUGCAGUGUUAAGACAAGACAUAGUGGCCAGGCACUAAAGAUGCGAGGGAUAUGGGUGACUCUGUCAAAUUGCUACCUGUAUUUCUCAGUCCACGGGGGGGGGGGGGGACCUGCUGCCUCAGAACAAGCCUAAAGUCUGCUUGGAUUUGUGUGACAAGUGCCAUCAUUGUUUGGCACCUGUUUGGUGACUUGUCCAAAGCUUUGGACCAGGUCAGGUUCAUCCAGCCCAGAAUAGCCUGUUUUUGAGCCUAACACCAGCUCUCCCAAACCUCAGGCAGAGAAGGGUCUUUCUCACCAACUGCUAGGUGAGAUGUCAGGGAUGGAACCUGGGUUCCAUCUUUCUUUCUUUCUUUCUUUCUUUCUUUCUUUCUUUCUUUCUUUCUCUUUCCACAUGCAAAGCAGGCAGUCUACCACUGAGCUAUGGUGUGUCUCCAAAAAGGUUGCUCAAAAAGUCAUUGUUGAUAUGAAAUUACAUGAAGGAGUUAACUGCGACAGCUGUGAAACAGGUGACUAGAACUAAAGUCCAGCUUCUGAGUCACUGUCUUGAGUCUUGUGAGUCUCGUGAACAGUCUCCUUAAAAGGGAACUGCGUGUGCAAGCUAGCAGAGGUGUACAGUUGGGUCUGAGAGGAGAAUGCGGAGUUUGUCGGAGGUUGAGGAGAUGGUGUGAAUGUCAAGCAUUUUGUCAAGGACCUGCAGCAGGGGGAUUACAGCUGGAGAACUUUCUGCUAGGAAGCAUCCUCUGCUACCAGGAGAACAAAGGGACAGAAAAGCAACCUUGGACUCCUGUAACAACUGCACCAUUUUCUUGUACUUAAAAGACUGUACCCUCUUUUGUGUCAGAGAGAGAGAGAGAGACUUUGUAUUGAAUCCUUACAUUAGACUGGUUACCUGUUUGCUCAUCUAAAUGCUACCUCUGAAUUAAGAACUCAUCUUCCUCAGCCUCUGUGAGAAGUGGUUACUUCAGCACAACCAACAAAGGUUAUGGGCCCGGUGUGGCCAGCAGGUGGCGCUAGAGAGCAACAAGCGAAUUCUUGAAGUCAAUCCCACACUUUGGAAACCAGCAAUCUGAACUCAUCACAGUCAAGGAAGAUUUUGCAGAUAACUCAGGGGGCAAACGGGGGUCUGUGAAUCCUAUGUGGCUAAGUGGUUGUGGAAGCUGCAGGAAGUUUAACUGCAGGAAGGGAGCAAGCAAGUUUCACAAUGUCUGUGUCUCUGAGCAUGGAGAAACUAACAGAAAAGAAUUAUGCCAGUUGGUGUGUCAAGAUGGAGAUGCUGCUCUGGAGAGAAGGUUUAUGGGACCCUGUAUUAAUGACCACCUUCAGACCCUUCUUCUCCUGAGAAGGGAGUGGGUGGCGCUGCGGUCUAAACCACUGAGCCUCUUGGGCUUGCUGAUCAGAAGGUCGGCGGUUCAAAUUCACUUAACGGGGUGAGCUCCCAUUGCUCUGUCCUAGCUUCUGCCAACCUAGCAGUUCAAAAGCACACCCCAAAAAAGUGCAAGUAGAUAAAUAGGUACCACUCCAGCAGGAAAGUAAACAGUGUUUCCAUGCGCUCAGGUUUCUGUCACGGUGUCCUGUUGCACCAGAAGCAGUUUAGUCCUGCUGGACACAUGACCUGGAAAGCUGUCUGUGGACAAACGCCGGCUUCCUCAGCUUGAAAGCGAGAUGCGUGCCGCAACCCCAUAAUCGCCUUUGACUGGACUUAACCGUCUAGGGGUCCUUUACCAUUUUACCUUUACCUUCUCCUGAAUGGCUUCACAGAGAGGAGAGAGCAAGAGUCACAAUAAUUAUUGAUCUGGAAGACAGCCAAUUACUGACUGUUAGAGGGCUGUUAACCACAAAAGAAGUUUGGACUACUUUAAAGAAUUUGCAGGUGAGAAAAACAGCAGGCAGCAACUAUAUGAAUGGGAAAGAAGACAGGAGCAAGGAAAGAUGGCAGAGAGCUGUUUCAACAAGCCAAGAUAAAGAAGUGAAUGUAGAAGAAAGAAAGAGUGACAACAUGUUGAAAGUUUAUGGAAUUUGUAGGUGCUACAACUGUGGAUCAGAAAAUCACCUUAAAAGAAAUUGCCUCAGGAAACAUUUGGAUUACAAAUCUACAGAUAGAGAAAGAAAUUUACAGAGGAAAAAAUGGUGUUUCUCUGCCGACAAGGUAAAUGUAGACUCUGUAACUGCUGAGGGAGUGUAGAUCAACAACAGCUCCAAUUAACACAAAAUGUGAAAGAAAUCCUAAGCGAGUUCUAGAACUUCUGCAUAUAGAUUAAGCAGAUCCAUUCCAGGAAACUCUGUGAGGAGUUAAAUUUAAUCUUACAAUUGUUGACAAUUUCUUGCAUUUUGGGUUCAUUUAUUUGUUAAAGGAGAAGCUAAAUAGAGGUUUGAGAAUUUUGUAAACUGGGUGGAAGCAAAAUAUGAUGCAAAGAUAACUGGAGUGCAAUCAAAAAGAGGAGGUGAAUUUACCUCUAAUAACUUUGAAAGAUUUCUGUCUGAAAAGGGAGUCCAGCAUAAAAGGGAGUCUUCAGGUGUUUGUGUGCUGAAAGGCAACAUCUGGGAAAUUGUCUUAGGUGGAUUAGCAGUUUCUUAUACUCACAAAAGCCAAGAACCAAGAUCCUCACAAUGACCACUGGUGAAAGUGUCUUUUGAUAUAAUUAAGGAUGUCGCAGCCUGAGAAACAACAGGGAAAUCCCUUAGCUUCUCAGUCCAAAAAACUCAAUAGACGGCAUUUACCUUUUGCCCCAUCCCUUCUUCAUUGUAUUUUAAUAAAUUUAAAAUUAACAUAAUGCACAGUGAAAACCCAAUUAAUUGAAGAAGCUUCAGCACAAAGCACUAAUCAGGUUCUGAGCUAGCUUCUGAGAUGCCCAAACAAAAUCUCUCAGAUCAUGCAUUCUGGCAUAGCUGCAUUUUUCAAGUGCUCAAGAAAGAGAUAUGCUGACUACAUCCUUAUGGACUGGGCGCUAUGGGGGGCCACUAGGGGGCGCAUUGGAAGAUGGCCGACAAUAUGGUCUCUUCCAACUCUAUGAUUCUAUGAUUCUAUGAAUACCAUCUCUCCGACCCACACGGGGUAAUUAAGAGGCUGUUAUGGGAGUAAGCAGCCUCCCUUGUUGCCCCAAGGAAAUGGGGAACACUGCCCUUGCCUGCUGUGCCCAUAAAUCACCCCCUAAUUCGAAAGACGGGGGUGAGGGCCCUAGGCAGAAUGCCCCGUGUGGACCUCGGCUCUGCUGGACGCUGUCUCUGAUCGCGCACUAGUUGCAGCAAUUUGGGAUAAUUAAUUACAAAGAAGCAAAUGCACAUAUUUCAAGUGAAGAAGGGGAGUGAAGUCUGCUAAUUUAAGUGACCUCUGCGAAAGAAGACGACGGGUUGGAGAAACAGGAAUAUUUUACGAUGAAGAUACACCAAAGGCUGGAUAUGUUGACAACGGGGCUGAAUGGGGGGGGGGGGACUUUUUUUACUUUCCUUCUAUGUGAUUUACAAGAACCCCUCCUCAUUAGAACCGUCGGCUGAACUGACCCAAGCAGGAUGAUUAAGGUCUGUGUGGAGAUAAACUUUAACCAAAAGUAUGCUUUAUGGAGACCGAGAAGCAAUAAGAGCUUUUGGGAAAAGGCGCAGCAAUUAAUUCGGAGUCGCCAUCUUGCCAAAGGAUUUACAGCCGGGAGGAAGAACGGACUUGUUUUCAGACUGCAUUCCUAGUGAAUCUCCUCAGAGGUUUUGAGAAAGGAGGCAGAUUGGUGAAGAUUAAUGACGCUAAGAGUGAUGUUAUAUGGAAAACGUCUGGAUAUGGCUACUGGAUAAAAAAAAUAAUAUCCACGCAGGAUUACAAACUGUUCUAACCAGCUUGCGGAGACUAUCAGAGGUCACAAAGAGAAAGGAAAAAUAUAUGAAAAUAACAACAAGAGAUGUGGAAAAAUAAUAAGAAAGGACUGGAUAGUACUGUGAACAUCAUAAGGUUAGAUUUGUGGACAUUAAAACAGCAGUAAGAAGCAAGAAGUUGAUUGGAUCCCUUCGGAACUUGAAAUAUGGGUACCCCCAACAAAAAUUUAAAAUUCGGCUGUGUAAUUUGGAAUUUAUGUAAUUUGGUUUGAUUUGAUGUGAUUGGUCGGUUAAUAAAAAAUUAUUCUUAAAAAAAAUGGACUGGGCGCUAUGGAGGAGCUCCCCCUCCAGCCCCGUAUCUGGCAAACAGCCCCUUGCUCAGGGAGCGCUCCGGGGGGGGGCACCCCGUUCCCUCUCUCUCCAACUCUUUUUAUACAUGCCUCAAAUGCUUCUGUCCAUUCUCAUGUGAUGUCAGGAGGGAGCCAGCAAGCAGUAAAUCACACGGAGCAGGUGAAGUUAACUCUUGAUUAGAAAAAAAAGGAUCUGCACAAGAGGACCAAGCCUAAAGAGCACAGCAAGUCUUACUUGGUAGCUCUGAUCCUUAUGAGGCAGUUGUGGAGCCUGAAAGUCCCCACCUUCCCACAGCUAAGGGCCUUCCUCUGCCAAGUCCUUCCCAAGCAAUCUGAGACGGCACCUGCAUUUCUGCCUAUACUCCUCUUGCUUCAUGCCUCUCCUGAUCCUGGGAGACUAGGGAGGAGGAAAGCAGCAGGGUGUGUGUGUGUGUGGAAGACACUUGUGUUUCUUCACCAGCCUGACUCAUCUCUGCCUCUUGGCCUGCCUCAGCCCACUCUCCUGCUUACGCUUCUGAUUCUGAUUCCAGACUUCCCUCUGCCACAGACCCCUCCCCCCCCCGCUCACUAAACCCCGGCACCUCUUCUGCUUCUGCCACCUCCUCCCAGUCUGCUCCCUCUUCACCCUCUGACCGCUCAUUGUCAUCUCACCACCAAGCCGCUGACUCUGAGCCUUCUUCCCUUGGUGGUUCCCCAACUGGUUCCUCCCACUAUUCCUUUGUGUCCAACCAGUCCAUGACACAUGGGUAAUGGUGCUGGUUCAGUGCAGAUCCAAAAUAUCAUCAACAGUUCAAAUGAUGGCUCAUAAAAGUUCCGUUUAUAUUGAAACUGACUGUUUGUAUGUUGCUGCUUUUAGAAAAUUGACUGAGGACUUCAGUACCUCAGAACGUGGUACCAAAACAUUUAAAAUAAAAUCCCACUGCAUUUCUCUUUUGUCAGUGCCUCAGAGGGCAGCCCCUGCCACAGCAUGGCGACAAAGAAGACCAAGUCCAAAGCUCGGAAGAGCAUCGCCAAGAGCCAGAGCACGACUGGGCCGCUCUUGACGGAGCAAGAGCAGUCCCUGAAGAAGGAGUCCCUCAUCCUGGCGGAGCACAUCCACACCUACACGCAGUGGGUGGACCAGUUCCAGAGCAGGAACGAGUUCCUGGACAAGGAAGCGCAGGAGAUCCGGCAGAACAGCAAGGCCUACCUGAACUACCUGAACAGGCGCGCUGCCCGGUGCCAGGACGCCAUCACCACCCUCAACGAGCAGAACCUCUUUGACCUCACCAGUGUCCUGAAGCAGAAGGAGGAGCUGACCUCCCAGUACACGGACAAGGAGACAGAGAUGAGGAGCCAGCUGAUUGAGAUGGAGACCAAGUUCUCCCUCAUGACCAAGGAGGUUGAGGAGCUCAAGCCCUUCAAGGAGCUGCAGUCCGAGCAGCUCAUCCGCAUCCGGGAGCUGGAGAAGGAGCUGCUGGCCAUGAAGAUCCAGCACUCGGAGGAAAUGCGCUUGCUCAAGAGCAAGUACCUGCACCAGAAGGCGGAGUACGAGGUGCAGGCAGAGCAGAAGGUCCAGGCCCUGGCCAAGAAGGCCGAGAAGGAAGCCGUGCGCAGCCUCAUCCACCACACCAACCGAGUGAAGGAGGAGAACAGGCGGCUGCGCAACGAGCUCCUCGGCCUCAUCCAGCGAGCUAAAGGCCUAAAAGCCUUCCGGCAGCAGCUGAGAGAGCAGAAGGAGCAGCUCCUGCGGGAGCUCCAGUAUGGGCGGGGCCUGGCGCACAUGCGCCACUGGCUCCAGCAACAGGGGGCUCAGAAGACUGGCCCCACUCCCAGUAGCCAGCCUCCCAAGAGUGCACAAAAAUCCUCUCGGGGCGCAAGCGCUCAAGGGUCUGCAAAGAGGGAUGCUCAGGCAGCAGCUGGUGAAAGUUUGCCACCACUCUGGAGCCCCAAGAGCAGCAGCAAGCAGCAAGCGAUGCCCACAAGCAGCCAGCAGUCUUAA